GUCGGUGGGCGGUGAUGUAGCGUUAUAAUAUCAGUGGGCCGGCUCUCAGUAACCCGGCUGUGGUUUGGGCGCUGGGGAUCGGUAAAGGCGCAGUCAUGGCUGCCUGGAUGACCAUGCAAGCGGCGCGAUGUCCGACAGAUGACCUGUCGCUGACUAACUGUGUGGUAGCGAAUGAGAGGGAUCUAAAGUCUGGCCAACAUGUUAUGAUCAGGACCACGCCCACUCAUAAGUACGUGUUCACUGUAAAGACGCAUCAGAGCGUGGUGUCUGGAACCAUUGCCUUCAGCCUGCCUCAGAGGAAAUGGGCUGGCCUCGCUCUCAACCAAGAUGUGCAAGUGGCUACUUACACGUUCGACACGUCGAGGCAGUACGUGGGAACCAUGACUCUGGAGGUCGACUUCCUGCAGAAGAAGAAUGCGGACAGUAACCCGUACGACACCGACAAGAUGUCCAUAGAGUUCAUCCAGUUCUUCAACUCACAGGCCUUCUGUGUGGGUCAGCAGUUUGUGUUCAGCUUCUGCGAGAAGCUCUUCUUACUGGUCAUUAAAGACGUGGAAGCGAUGGACCCCAGCAUUCUGAGAGGCGAGCAGAGCUCCAAAAAGCAGACUAAGAUUGACAUUGGGUUGUUGCAUGGAAACAGUCAGGUGAUUUUUGAGAAAGCAGAAAGCUCUACAAUCAACCUGAUCGGUAAAUCUAAGACUCGUGGAGCUCGGCAGUCCAUCAUUAACCCUGACUGGAAUUUCGAGCGGAUGGGAAUCGGAGGUCUGGAUAAAGAGUUCUCCGAUAUCUUCCGCCGAGCCUUCGCUUCCAGAGUCUUCCCUCCGGAUUUAGUGGAGCAGAUGGGCGGGAAGCAUGUUAAAGGCAUCCUGCUGUUCGGUCCUCCUGGCUGCGGGAAGACGCUGAUGGCCCGUCAGAUUGGGAAGAUGCUGAACGCCAGAGAGCCAAAAGUGGUCAACGGUCCUGAGAUCCUCAACAAGUAUGUGGGAGAGUCAGAGGCCAACAUCAGGAAACUGUUUGCUGAUGCAGAGGACGAGCAGAAGAGGCUGGGAGUCAAUAGCGGACUACACAUCAUCAUUUUUGAUGAGAUUGAUGCCAUCUGUAAGCAGAGAGGGAGCAUGGCGGGCAGCACCGGGGUUCAUGACACCGUGGUGAACCAGUUACUGUCUAAGAUUGAUGGUGUGGAGCAGCUCAACAACAUCCUGGUUAUAGGUAUGACUAAUAGACCAGACCUGAUAGAUGAAGCUCUCCUGAGGCCUGGAAGACUGGAGGUCAAGAUGGAGAUUGGUCUGCCGGAUGAGUCGGGUCGUGUUCAGAUCCUGAAUAUUCACACAGCCAGGAUGAGGCAGUCCAAUAUGCUGGGCACAGACGUGGACAUUAAGGAGCUGGCUGUGGAGACGAAGAACUACAGUGGGGCGGAGCUCGAGGGGCUGGUGCGAGCAGCUCAGUCCACCGCCAUGAACCGUCACAUCAAGGCCAGCACUAAGGUGGAGGUGGACACUGAAAAGGCCCAGGAGCUGCAGGUCAGCAGAAGUGAUUUCUGGGCGUCGCUGAAUAACGACAUCAAACCUGCGUUCGGCACCAAUCAGGAAGAUUACUCCAGUUAUAUCCUGAACGGAAUAGUGAAGUGGAGUAACGCUGUGACGGAUAUACUGGAGAACGGAGAGCUGCUGGUGCAGCAGACUAAAAACAGUGAACGCACACCACUGGUAACCGUGUUACUGGAGGGGCCUCCACACUGUGGAAAAACAGCGCUAGCAGCUAAAAUUGCAGAGGACUCAGAGUUCCCCUUCAUCAAAAUCUGCUCUCCAGACAAGAUGAUCGGCUUCUCUGAGAUCGCCAAGUGCCAAGCCAUCAAGAAGAUUUUUGAUGAUGCCUACAAGUCCCAGCUGAGCUGCGUGUUGGUGGACGAUAUUGAACGACUUCUGGACUUUGUUCCCAUUGGACCUCGCUUCUCAAACUCAGUUCUUCAAGCUCUACUGGUGCUUCUGAAGAAGACCCCUCCUCGCGGUCGCAAGCUGCUGAUUUUGGGCACCACCAGCCGUAAGGACGUGAUGCAGGAGAUGGGCAUGCUGGACUCCUUCAGCACCACCAUCCACAUCCCCAACAUCUCCAGAGGAGAGCAUCUGAUGGAGGCCCUGGAGCUGCUGGGAGGUUUCCAGGAAGAUGAACGCACACAAAUUGCACAGCAAGUCAAAGGCAAAGGAGUGUGGCUCGGCAUUAAGAAGCUUCAGAUGCUCAUCGAAAUGUCCCUGCAGAUGCUCCCUGAAUACAGAGUUAAGAAGUUUUUGGAGCUGCUGACGGAAGAGGGCGCGUUGGGUUCUGAUAAGCAUGUGGCUAUAUAAACCACAUCGCUGGAGCGUGGCCUCACACUGAUAGAACUCCAUGCCAUGUUGUGUCCUCUUCUCCGUCCCGUCCAACACUAAAGGAACUCAGCGCAGCGGGGCUGGCUCUGUAUAUAAUCUCCCCUCAUGGGAACUGGAUGGGUAAAUUACGCGCAUGUGUAUGAAGACCUGUAGUGCAUAUCGAUUGAUAUUAAACAUUCCGUCAUGUCUUAAUAACUCUCAUGAUGUCAUUUGAUUGAGUGAUUUUUUUUUUUUUUUUGUAGAUUUUGGUUUAUUUCUGUUUAAUUUGCAAUGCUAUCAAAUGAGUUUUUCAGAGAAAUCCAAGUUUAUGUUCUUGGAAUUAUUGGUAUCUGUCUUAAAAAUCAUAUUUAUGUAUAAAUUUCAACAACAUACAAGCAGGUCUGUAGGUAUUUAGACAGGAACAGAAAUGUUAGAAAGCUGUAUAAUGCGGAGAUAAUGCUGUUGUGCACCAGCUCAGUUUAUUUUAAAUGAAGCAGUGAAGUUCUGACUGUUAUAGAAUACUGCUACAGGUUUAAUCUGCCAUUAAAAUCUUUUGAAAUAUAUACAGCUCUGUAAGAAAAUAAGAGAUCACUUAAAAAUGAUGAGUUUCUUUGAUUUUACCAAAUUAAAAACCUCUGGAAUAUAAUCAAGAGGAAGAUGGAUGAUCACAAACCAUCAAACCACCAAACUGAACUGCUUGAAUUUUUGCACCAGGAGUAAAGCAGCAUAAAGUUAUCCAAAAGCAGUGUGUAAGACUGGUGGAGGAGAACAUGCCAAAAAGGCUUAUUCAAAUAAAUAUUGAUUUCUGAACUUUAUGAAUAUGAACUUUAUUGUUUUCUUUGCAUUAUUUGAGGUCUGAAAGCUCUGUAUAUUUUUGGCAAAUAAAUGCUCUAAAUGAGAAUAUUUUCAUUUGGAAUUUGGGAGAAAUGUUGUCUGUAGUUUAUAGAAUAAAACAACAAUGUUCAUUUUACUCAAACAUAAACCUAUAAAUAGCUAAAUCAGAUAAACUGUUUCAGAAACUGAAGUGCACUCUUCUUGUUUUCCAGAGCUGUAUUUUCCAACAGUCUACUCUGGCCUUUCCAGUGGUUUAUACUUUAAAUAAAACUUUAUUUGCACUUAUGAAGUUUUUCGGAGUUGCUAAGCUUGUGUAUUCCUUUCUUCUAAAGAAAAUGCACCAAAUUAUUUAUUUGGACACUAUUUCUUCUGACUUUUUUCUGUCUAAUGAUGGCCUCUUUACUAGAAUUGUACACUUUUUUGGUCCGAUUAUGUACUGUACCAAUAAACAGCUACUCCUGGCCACGAACUGCUAUCAGUCAACAGCUCAAUUUACUUUAAGACAAUAGAACUUAAGACAUAAUAAAAUAAAUGUCUAUAAAAACGUAUGUACUUAUGAUUUUGACGGGGACUGUCUCUUUCUUUUACUUUUACUUUUUACCAUAUGUAACAGAGCGAGCAUAGAAAAAAUAACAUGCAUUUAUUUUAAUUUCAGAAAGUAAGUGUGUUUUUUUUUGCUCAUUUAUACAAGUUUACAAUUUAUACAAGCAAAAUAAUGUUCCGGUCAAUCAUUUAUUUACUUAAUUUCACUUGAAAAAUCAGCUAAACAACACAUUUUUAAAAUAAAACUCUAUUUUAGGCAGAAAGUAGAAAGUCAGUUCUUGGCUUUGAUGUUUCAUGCAGGAAAAAAAAACGAAAGUGUAAGAAUCUAAAAUGUUUUAUAGUCAUCAAAGUUUGGUUCUUGACAGAGUGUACCAUUAGCAGGGUCAUGGAUGCUAAUUAAGGCUAAUUAAUGCGAUCCAUAAAGGAUCCACAUCCUCCUCAGAGAACACACACUUCAACACACUCAAAGUGCAAUUGCUAUUGAUUUGCUUACUGUAACAUUUUCCAAAAAUGUGGCCUGUUCCUUUCUUACUUAGUUUUUUUAUUCAGAAAAUAAAUAAAAUAAUUGUGCUUUAAAA